AUGUUCCGCAACAACUACGACAAUGAUGCCGUCACCUUCUCUCCACAGGGCCGGAUAUUCCAGGUGGAGUAUGCACAGGAAGCCGUGAAGCAAGGAUCCGUGGUAGUUGGCCUGGUGAAUAAGACACACUCCGUGCUGGUCGGUCUGAAGCGCAACGCAGAAGAACUCUCCUCCUACCAGAAAAAAAUCAUCGAGAUCGACUCGCACAUGGCGGUGGCCAUUGCCGGGCUCGCCUCAGAUGCGCGCGUGCUCUCCAACUUCAUGAAGCAGCAAUCCCUCAGCUCGAAGAUGACCUACGGCCGCCCUAUCCCGCUGGACCGUAUCGUCAACCAGAUUGGCGACCGCGCGCAGACCAACACGCAGCAAUACGGGAAACGGCCGUACGGCGUCGGACUCCUGGUCGCCGGCGUGGACGCGGCCGGCCCGCACCUGUUCGAGUUCCAGCCUUCGGGCCUGACGCACGAGAUGCAGGCGUGUGCGAUUGGGGCACGCUCGCAGAUGGCUCGUACGUAUCUUGAGCGGAAUCUGGACAAGUUCACCGAUUGUUCUCGUGAUGAGCUUGUUACCCAUGGCCUGCGGGCGCUCAAGGAGACCCUCUCCCAGGAUAAGGAGCUCACGAUGGAUAAUACCUCGGUCGGGGUGGUGGGGCUGGGUCCGAACGGGAAGACGGAGACCUUCAAGCUGUACGAGGGUCAGGAUGCGGUGCCGCUGCUGGAGGCGCUGGAGCAGGCCGACUCGGCUGGCGCGGGCGAGGGCGAGUCGAUGGAGGUUGAUUCAUGA